UAUCCCCAUGAAAAGAGAUCCCUGCUCUUGGAUCCAUCUGGGGGAGUCCAAACGAGACAUUAAACAAUGUUUGGAAACUACAAGGGCAUUCAUGAGAAACAAAGGAUGCAAAGUCUCCAGAUGGACAUGUGAUACUGUUCAGUAUCCGAUACAGGCAGACAGUACUUCAUGUGGUGUGUUUGUAUUGAAAUUUGCAGAAAAACUGCUUAGAAGAGAGGGAAUGGUUUUUCAAACAAACCCCACGGCCAUUACUGAACAUAGAAGGGAAAUUGCAGUCAAACUUCUUCGACACAUGGGUUACAUAGGGGUUGUGAACUGCAGCCAGAAGGACAUUGAUGGGAAAAAGGACAUCAUGGCAGCUCUGGAAUCAGAGAGAAAUUUCUUUCUGUCCCAUCCGGCCUACAAACACAUGGCUGAUCGCAUGGGGACCCCAUAUUUACAAAGAAUACUCAACCAGCAACUGACAAACCACAUCCGGGAUGAACUGCCAGCCUUUCGCAGCCACCUACAGAGCCAGCUGCUGGCCCUGAAUAAAGAGGCCGAAGAAUACAGGAAGUUCAGUCCAGACGACGCUGCAGGCAGGACCAAGACACUACUACAGUCAGUCGCUCUGUCCGUUUGUGCUCAUUGUAGGAGCCUGAAUUAAUACUUUGCGAUUUUUUUGGUAUGCAUUAUGGUUAAUUUUUUGUUUUUCUUGCUAAAUUUACUUUUCCUGAAAUUAUUAGAUAUUAUUGGUAAUUCAUAUUAAUUUGGGGAAAUUGUAUAUUUAGCUAUUGUGGACAUUUUGUUAUUAUCAGUAGUUCUUUGGUUUAAGGAUGCAUACGUGUCACCUUUUUAGGAAUGAUGCAUCAUGGGAGUUUGGUGGUUGUGUAUCUCACAGAGUGGAGCCAAAUGGUUUUUUGACAUAUUUUGUAUGUAUGUUUGGCACCCUUUUCUUUUCCAUCUACUCACUAAAACGUUUUUUUAAAUGCAA